UCGCCCGCUGCCGCUCCCGCUGCGCGCACCACGGCGGGGCCUCCCGCCAUGUCGGCCGCCAAGCACCGGGGCGCCAAGGGGGGCAGCCCGCCCGCCGCCGCCGCCGCGGAGCGGGGCGCGCAGCCCGGCGGCGCCGAGGAGGCGUCGCGGCGGGCGGCGGCGGCGCAGCCGGGCCGCGGCGGCGGCGGGCGCGGCGCGGCGGGCGGCGGGCGCGGCGCGGCGGGCGCGGCGCGGCGCGGCUGGGCGCUGCUGCUGGGCGCCGCCGUGGUGCUGGGCGCCGCGCUGCCCGCCGGCUGGUACGUGCGGCAGCUGCGGGAGGAGGUCGGGCGGAGCAGCCGCGAGAGGGAGGCCUCCGGGCGGCAGCGAGAGGAGCUGGCCGCCACCCUGGACGCCGUGGUGCACAAGGUGCGUUCCCUUCAAGCCACAUUUGGAGAGUUGGAAUCCAUGAUGAAAAUCACUCAGCAGAAGCAGGAAGUUACUGAGAAGGCUGUUAAGGAAGGAGAGAGUGAAAUAAACCGUAUCAGUGAAGUGCUUCAGAAGCUACAAAAUGAAAUCUUGAAAGACUUGUCUGACGGCAUCCACAUGGUGAAGGAUGCAAGGGAACGAGACUUCACAUCACUGGAAAACACGGUGGAAGAGAGACUAACAGAGUUAACCAAGUCAAUAAAUGAUAACAUUGCUAUAUUCACUGAAGUCCAGCAAAGGAGCCAAGAUGAAAUCAAUAAUAUGAAAGCAAAGGUUGAUUCUCUAAAAGAAGCAGAUGUGUAUAAGCACGAAAUAAAGGUGCUGAAAGAUGCUUUCGAUGAGCUGCAAACCUCCAUGAAAACCAAAGAAAAGGACAUAGAGGCCCUGAAAAGUACAAUAGACUCCAUGGAAUCCGAUGUGUAUACUGAAGUGAAAGAAUUAGUCAACCUCAAACAAGAACAUGAGAAAUUCAAAGAGGCUGCAGACACUGAACACCUUUCAUUAAAAGCUUUACAAGAGAAAGUCAUUAGAGCUGAGGAUUCUAUUAUGCAGCUCCCUGGUGACAUUAAAAGACUUGAUGAAGAUUUACUGCAAAUUAAAGCUGACCUCAACAAAUGGGAAGAAAAUGAACUCUUCAGAAAAGCACUAGAAACUUUUGAAAAGAACAGUGAAGGGCUAGAGUCUCGAUUGAGACACAUAGAAGAGAGCCUGGAGUCUCUAACUUCUGUUGCUGCUCAACAUACUGAAAAGUUGCAAUCUUUCCUUUCUAAGGAGACAGAAUACGAAGCUAAGCUCAGUACCCUAGAACAAAGUGUUACCGCUCUUCAGGGAAUCUCAGAUACGGAUGUAACUUCAAUCACAGAUGUUCUAAGAAAUCUUGGUGAAUCACAGACCUCAUUGUACAAUGAUGUGGAGAACUUGAGAAGAAGCAUCAGUGACCUGCCAUCCCCUGGUGCUCUUCAGGAUAUGCAGAAACAGAUUAGUUCUUUGUUGGAUCAAGGAAAUCUUCAGAUGGGUCAAGCACAUUCUCAAGGCUAUCUCGAAAAAUUUUCUUCUGUUGAAGGCUCUGUAGAUGAACUGAGAUCUUCUGUCAGCCAGGUUGAUUCUGAUUUGAAAAUGAUAAGAACUGCAGUGGAUAGUUUAGUCUCCUACUCGGUGAAAAUUGAAAAUAAUGAGAACAACUUGGAGUCUGUGAAGAGCUCAAUAGAUGACUUGAGGAAUGAUCUGGAAAGAUUGUUUGUGAAAGUAGAAAAAAUACAUGAGAAAGUUUAGGUAGCAAUAAUCUUUGUACAAAUUAAAGAGAAUAGCUUUUGUAUGCCCAGUUUUUUACUCUCCAAAAGCAAUUUGAUACCUCCAAAGAAAAUAAGAAUACUUUAAUAAUAGAGACAGUUCUGCUUAUUUCCUUUAUUUCUCUUUUGUGUAGUUCUCUGUUCUGUUUUAUGAAAACAUGAGUUUAGUUGGGGUUUGAGUUUCUAAGGGCUCAUCUUUCUAGAAAGUUACACUGCUGUAACUAUUGUGGUGUAACUAAAACACUACAGCCUCAUUAGCGUGGGCACAUAUUUAAUGGUAUGGAAAUGUUUUACACUAUGACACUAGAUAUCCCACACAGGAGAGCUACGACUGUUUUGGUAUAAAAACUGUACAACUGUACACACUGAGGAAUCGACUGGUGUGUUUGGAUUAAGAAACAAAUGAACAAAACUACACCUUUAGCUAGAACUGUUACGCUGGUAAACUUGAGUGCAGAGCAGGCCAGAAGUAACUCAUGCAUUUCUGCAGUGUGGGACUCAGCCAUAUGGUCAGUCUACCAUGUAUCAGCUGAGCUGUAGGACAUUUUUGUUUGUCCUUAAUCUGUGCCAAGGAGCUAAGAGGCGUUAGCUGAACACACAGUAAAGGCCGCUUGAGGUAAGUGGCAUUGCUUGGGGCUGAGACUGUACGCGAGGACACUUACCACAGCUGAGCUGGCACAUGGCGAGUUGCUAAUCAGUAGUAGCUUGUUUUACAGUUAUUUUACAGUGAGAAGACAGAAGCCAGUUGUGACUGUUGCACUCAAGAAUGAAGAAGAUCAGAGGCAGAAGGAAGCACUGCUUUACCCAGGUGCUAGAGGUGGUGCACUGCAUGGCUGGAGAGAUUGACUCUUUGCGAUCAUAGGCUUCUUUCGCAACAUCUAUAGCUGCUGAUGCAGAAGAUCAGUGCUGAGAAGGGACAUCUGAGCUGAAGGAUGGGAUUAGUUUCAAGAGAGCACAGUAACAUUUUUAUCAUAGUUUUGGGCGGUUGAAGUGAUGAGGCUGUGUUUUUCCUGUGAGGUCCUAAGACCCCGUCUGUGAUACAGGACUUUCUGUAGAAACAAUCACAAAUGUGAAAGAGGAGAGAAAAGGACUGAAAUCACAACUCUGGUGUUCCUUGUACAGCAAGAAUGCUAAUAGUACACUCCAAAACACAAAAGGGGGAGAAUCAGGGUGAAAUCAGCAGAAUUGCUUCUAAGGCAUAUAUGUUUCUAAGUUCUUCCAUAGCUGACAGUGACCUGAAUUACUAUUAUCGCAUUCAGGGCUUCAGGCCUGAUUCUUUAUCACCGGUGUCACUGGAUGCCUGCCUGGGACACUGGGAGUAAAGGAUCCCUCUACUGACUGGUUAAGAAUAAGAAAAAGUGUCUGAUACUCUGGAUGUAGGUGUUCAUUUAAAAACCACUUCUUCGUGGAGUUUUCUUGGUUUUCUGUCUUUUGGGGAAGGAUUUCUAAUAUCCCCCCAUUUUAAAGCUUUUUUUGAACGUUAUCCAAAAAUUUGAUAAAGGCGUCUCUAAGUGGAUAUCUUGGAAAUAACGGUCACUGCUGGCUUGUAGAGUGCACCUCAGCCUGGGCUAGCCAGACCUUUGGCUACAUUAAAAAGGAAUUCCUAGGAACAGCACCUCCCAAAAGUGCUGAGUCUGUAGGAACAGCACAGGUAAAAAGAAGUUCCCUUAGCUAAAUAAGAUACUCAACUAUACCUAGUGUUAUUCCCGCUGUAAAUAGUAAAGAAUUGCUGACAUAAUAAGAGGGACCCAGGUAUUAAGAUAACUUAUGUUGUCACUGAUCGAACUGCACUGUUCUUCGUUGACUUCUCAAGUUUUUGAAUAAUGUUGUUUAGGUUACUGUGAAAUGAACUGUAUGGCUUAUUUGCAGUAUUUUUAAUACAUAAUAAACUUUUGGAACAUUCUUA